AUGGCAUCACCAAGCCAGACGCAAGGCUCAGGCCCAGCAACACAACCUCUGACCCCACCCGCCGAUUCAUCUUCGGGCGCGGCGAACGGAGUCUCCGCGCCCGCCGCUUCGGCUUCGCAGCCACGGGCUAGUGUCCCAGCAGCCGCGCCGACCACUACGACCACAACACAACCACCGCCAUUCCCGGGCAAUUCUCUGCAAGAUAGCGGCAAGUCGCGACGGCCGCGCGAUGUACGCCUCAUACACAUGCUGCUCGCCUCACUCGGCGUCACUGCAUACCAAGACCGCGUGCCGCUCCAGCUUCUCGACUUUGCCUACCGCUACACCUCAAAUGUACUUCAGGAUUCCGUGCACCUCGCGACGGAGGGGUAUGGUGGUGCCGCGGGCGACGGGAGCGGCACGGGCAAGGGCUUGAAUGUGGAAACCAACGGCGUGUCAUUACCGGCAUUGCGUCUUAGUAUUGCCUCACGCCUGCACUACCAGUUUCAGACGGGGCUGCCCAAGGAGUUCUUGAUGGAGGUUGCGUCGGAGCGAAACCGCAUUGCGCUGCCGGGCGUGUCACGCGGCUUCGAUGCCGCUGCUACCAAUGGGGUGGCUGGCGCGGCAAACCAGAGCGUCUUGAUGGGGGGAAUGCGUCUGCCCCCCGAACGAUUCUGUCUUACGGGCACAGGCUGGAACAUGAAAGAUGAGUGGGACAGCGAGGGCGAGGAGGAAAUGCCCGAUGCUCAGCCGCAGUCUGGUCCCGGCCAGGGCCAGGGUGUUGGUGGUGAUGCAGCCGAGGAUGCAGAGGGCGGUGAUGAUGACGAUGGCGAUGGGAAGAUGGAGGACAUCUUCGGCGAGGACACCACCAUGGGCGAAGCAGGUGAUGGUGAUGAAGACCGGAAGAUGACCGGCAUGUAA